AUCACUCCUGCAUCAGUUCAUUUCAACAGUGAUUUCAUAGUAAUUUAAUGUAUAUUUCGUUCUUCAUUAGUUUUAUUUAUUUAUUAAGUGUUGUUAAUGUUAAUUUCCCAAACAAUCUAUAUUCGAGUUGAUGAACUAGGUAUCUUUCAUUAUAGGUGAUUACCAUGAACGAAUCAGGUGCCUGGAAAAAAGACAUGCCAAAAAUUCUUGUUGACAACUAGGUACCUGCAAAUCCCUUGCAACAAAAUUUUGCAUGCAGUACAGCUCAGUUGUUCAAUUACCAUUGCAGUGUACAGAGUGUACAGAGGUUCUGUGUAGAGUGUGAACUCCGGUUUUUAUAACAAUUAUGGAUAUUCAGAGGAUUGAUGGAGCUUCGUCUCAGCAAGCAGUUUUUCAAAAUUCACAAUACAUGGAGGGCCCUUCAACAUCAAGGGCAGCUACAAGGUCUAAUGGAAAUAUUUCUACUGAGCAGCUAGAACUUAAGUGGCAUAAUGCUGACAAAACAAUGAAAAAUAAACUAAGGAAACAAAGACAGAGGGCAAAAAGGCGAGGUGAACCUAUAUAUCGCUUGCUUACAGGAGAAGGUAGAGAAGGUACAAGUGAGCGACAAAAAAAAAAGUGUAAAUGUAGUGAAUCUUGCUGGAUAGUACUUGGUGAUAUUUUGACACCCGUAGACGAGCAUGACAAGGAAGAGUGCUUAUUCCACAAUAUGAAGUUCUCAACCGUAGAGGAACAAAUAAAUCAUUGCUUUGAAACAGAAUUUCUCAAAGAACCCUUGGAGAAAUAUAAACGCAAGCAUCUAGCAACCUUGCGUCAAUUCCAGGCAUUGCAUUCAGGAACAACGAUUUCCAUAAUCGAGUGUGAUUGUAGUAGUUCUGGCUGGACUUGCUGGAUAAUAGAUGGUGAUGUUUUGAAACCCGUCAACCGACAUUACGAGGGUAGGUGCUUAUUCCAUAGAAUGGAGUUUUCAGCCGUAGAGGUGCAAGUAAAUAAUUGCCUUGGGACAGAGUUCAUCAAAGAACCCUUGAAAAAAUAUAAGCAAAUGUAUCUAGAACCACCGAUUUCCGCGGACCAAGUGGCUGCGAGGUUGCAAGAAGUGAGUGAGAGGUUGGAACAACUAAAACUUCUAGAAGAGAUGGAAAUAAUAGAACUAGAUUAUCAAUGAUUAACAAAGAGUCAAAAAAAAAAGUUAUUGACACUGUUUUAUAUGUCUUUAUAUAAAAAAGACCCUUUAUUGUAAUAUCCACUCUAAUAACAUAAUAUUUUUUUACACGUUGUAUAAGUCGUUCGUGAGUCUCCUCGUCCGACUAACUGUCAACUGUAUGUCAUAUGUUAUAUAUUACCAUCUAUAUAGAAUAGAGAGAUAAUGCAGAAUAAAGCUACCUCUAAAGCCCGCCACUUACGAAGCGUUUUUUCGAGACUUUGAACGCCAGGCGUCCAAGAGAUUCCAGUCAAGUUCAUUCUCUGAUUUACAGUCGUGCGCCCGUGUCCCCAAGCUGCCCGACUGUAAAAUUAUCCGAAUGCUCGAACAUGGAAGCCUCGUGAGUGGCCGCCUUAAAAUUGGAGAAAGAUCAGGGUCGGAUUGAGUGAAUUUUUAAACAGAUGCAGGAUCUUGUAUAGUAUAUCCAAAGUCACUUGGAGAAAGCUGAAUAUUUAGAUUAUAUAAGGGUUUUCUAGGUUUUUAGAAAUUAAUUUGGUGUCGGUGUAUUUUUGGAAUCCACUUCAAGGGGACAUAUAUGGCCAAGCGUUCAGACCAGUUCAAGUGACUUUGGAUAUACUAUAACAAGCAGCCUUGUGAAAUUAGGAAAAAAUUAUAUUUAUAUUGGAAAAAUUUUAAAAUUGGACUUUAUGUAUAGAUUUUGUAUUACACAAGGGAUUAAAAAACAAAAAAAUUC